AUGUUACAGAAGGUGGAAUUACUACAGAUUCAGCAAAAUAUUCCAUAUUAUUGUUCAUUCCAUCGAAUGACACUAUUUAUUGAACAUUUGCUAGCAUUACUGCUGUUUAUAUCAACUUUUGAUAUCAGAGUGUUGAGUGAUGAAGUUACGCAGUUGCCUGUUAGCUUACGUACUGGUAAGUUGAAUCAGUUUCUUGGAUUUGCUACUCCACGUCCUCCGCAACCAUUCGAUGUAUUUAGCUCUGUAUGGGCGCCUUGGUCUGCGUGGUCAUUUUGCGUGAACAAUGUACGUGUACGUGUUCGUGCAUGUAAUACAGUUCGAGGGUUUUCCUGCUAUGGCAAAAAGCAAGAAUUUAUGGAAUGUGAAUUAAAGCCCAUACAGCGUGUUGUACGUAAUUAUGAUUAUGAAAUUGUUGAUCCAUGGGAGGAAGACAGACGAGAAGCCAUGAAACAGCUAUAUUCUCAAAAUUACGAUAUCGAAAAAACAUUUGAUUCGAAAAAAGCUUUCCACCCAAUGCUUCCGUUUCAUCGACGUGAACCAACGCCAGUAUUAUCGAAAAUUGUUCAGCAAAGCGCACCGUUAUUUUCACUACAGCAACAACUACUGUCCCAUCAACCUCAAAUCAGUAAGGCCCUGAGUUCAUUUGAACUGACCAUAAUAACAUUAGCGGUUCUAAAAGUAUAA